GGCCUGUCUUAUGGUACAUGAGGCAGUCAAAGCUGAGGAGGGAGGUGAAAGCAUUUUGGAAAGUCGGGGUUCUAGAAGAAUGAAUGUAAGCAACUUGCAGUAUUGUGGGUUCGGACAGGCUCUGAUGGAUCCUGGUCCCUGGUCCCACUCCAGGCAGAAGGAGGGAGGAGCCCUCAUUCAUUGAACCUUGUACAUGUCAGGGGAGCCGGGUCUUUGCAGGCCCACUCAGCAGAGCCUUACAAAGAUCCAAAGUGAUCGAAGUUGUGGGUGCCCCUGUAGGGGCGGAAUCCUCUGAGGCUCAGAGAGAUUCAGUAACUGGUUUAUUCUUGAAUGAACGAACGACCAAGAGCACCUAGCACGUGGAUGGAGCUCCUCCCUACAGGCCAUCGAACUCGUGAGACCCGGGAAUCAAGCCUUUCCCUUUGGGGAACUUAAUUCUAACAGAGAAGAUGGGCACUGAACACUCAUGGGGAGAAAUGAGCAGACAAUCCAGAGAGUAAUGAGUGCUCUCCGGGAAACACAGCCUGGCCUGGAGGUCCAGAAUGAAGGGGGUGGCACAGCCAGAUCGCUCCCUCCUGUGGCCUGGGGAGGCCCCUCUGAGGAGGUGACAUUUAAACUGAUCCUGAGACAUAAAAUAGUGCCCCCAAUGCCGGGAAGAUGUGGCCUGAGGGUCCCAGGCCCAGGGCGAGCAAAUGCAGGGGCCCCAGGGCAGGUGAGAGCUCGGACUCUGGGGACCCUGUGGGAAUCAGCUGAUUGCACACCCUGUCUCUGUAGUUGUAAAGCUCAGUCCCUCUCCCCUCAGCAGUGAGAGGCCAGUUACCAGAGAACUGGCGGAAGAUCCAGCCCUGGGAUCCUGGGGGAGGGGGAUGGGCGGGGCUGUAAGGAAGCCCUUGGCCUUCCCUCCAUGACUGGGAGUGCAGACAUGCACCCCUGCCCCUUCUGAUAAUGUCCUCAUCCAGAUGGCUCACUUGGAGUAAGCACCCUGGGAGGCAGGAAAAAGGGAUGGUAUUAUGUGUCUUUUAUUCUGUGGGUGGCACUUAAUUGUCACUCAUCAGAUUCCAAGAAUAAUGACAGUCCACCUCCCCGAUGCAGAAUUGGCCAGGAUGUUAGGUGGGAGGGGUGUGGCCAGUGCCAAGUGUUCAUGGGCACGAGCCGAGCUGGAUAUAAAGGGCAGCGCUGUGAGGACUCGCACAGCCUCCUCCAGACCCCAGUGACCUGCCGGCGGCUGUGAGCACAGACCCCUGGAGAUGAAGGUUCUGUUCCUGACCAUCACCCUUGGCCUGAUCACAGCCCUGCAGGCCCAGGACCCUCUGUUCUUCCCCUCAGAGAACGAGAAUAUCAUAGGGACGUGGUAUGUGAAGGCCGUGGUGGCUGACAAGGACCUGCCUAAGGAGAAGAGGCCCAAGAAGGUGUCCCCCUUGACAGUCACUGCCCUGGAUGGUGGAGACUUGGAGGCCAUGGUCACCUUCAUGAAGGGGGGCCAGUGCCACGAGAAGAGAGUUGUGAUGCACCAAACUGAGGAGCCUGGCAGAUACAGCACCUGUGAGUCCAGACCAGGCUGUGCCACAUUCCCCACCAGAGCCCAGGCCUCCCCUUCCCCUGAGGCUGCCUGCUGCCUGGCAGUCCCUGCCCUGUCCCCUCCCAGGAGCAGCUAA